AUGGUUGAUGAUCAGAUUUCUAGUACACUCGGGUCGCGCUGGACACUGAGUAGAAGUCGCUCCAUUUCCUCCGCGGCGACUAGAGAAGUUGUUUCUUCGGAGCAGUUGGGCGUCACAGAGCCUAGAGUUCAUAAUGAUAUCCCUGUUGCUAACGCUGAUGAGCGCAAAGUAUCCAUUCUUUGGGGCCCACAGCGUUGGUCUAGAUUUCACCACAUCUGGUUGCGCGACCACUGCAGAUGCCCAGACUGUUUUCACCCGAUAACAAAGCAGCGACUGCUCAACACGUUCGAGAUUCCAGCUGAUAUCAAACCUAUACAUGUACAAGGCUCUACAGAUGGCCUCGAAGUUAUCUGGCCCGGAACUAGCACGGAAUCUCACUCAUCGGUAUACCCAUGGACAUGGCUACAAGCCAAUUCAUACGAUCCAGCUCUUCAAACAACGCCAAAUCGGAAAGUCCUUUGGGGAUCAAAGAUCGAGAAAUCCCCACCCUCUGUGACUUAUACCGAGGUCAUGGACGAUAAGGGACUGCAUAAGUGGCUGACAAACGUUGAAACGUUUGGCUUUUGCUUCGUCUCAGGGGUCCCCGCAACACCUGAGGCCACAGAGGAACUCUGCGAACGUAUCGGUUUUAUCAGAGAAACCCAGUAUGGGAAGUUUUGGGAGUUUACUGCUGAUCUUUCAAAAGGAGACACCGCAUACACCACAAUGGCACUGGGAGCGCACACAGAUAACACCUAUUUCACUGACCCUUGCGGUCUUCAACUUUUCCAUCUCCUAUCACAUACCGAAGGCUCUGGAGGAGCAACACUUCUCGUAGAUGGUUUCUAUGUCGCUGCCCUUAUGAAAGAGCUACAUCCGAAGUUCCAUGAUCUUCUUUCCCGUGUGCCUAUUCCAGCUCAUGCAGCAGGAGAACCGUCAGCACUGUACACUCCGAGUCCCCCUGCAAUGUACCCCCCGUUGCGAUAUCACCCGAGCACCAAAGAACUUGUGCAGGUACGGUGGAACAACGACGAUAGAAGCGCGAUGAACCACUUGCCACCAGACAAAGUGGAGGAAUGGUAUCAAGCAAUCAAGAUUUGGAAUGAACUCUUAACGAAACCUGAUUCAGAGUAUUGGAUCCAACUCACUCCCGGCACUGUAUUAACGAUUGACAACCAUCGCGUGCUUCAUGGCCGAUCCGCAUUUGAUGGUAAGCGCCGCGUGUGUGGUGCCUACAUCGGCGUAGACGAAUACCGUUCGAAGCUAGCUGUCCUUAAGGAGAAAUUCGAUGGCGCCGAUACCAACGGCCAGAACAAGGCGGGGAAACCUGUGGAUAGCAGAAGCAUUUGGAACUCCAAUCUAUGA